UUUCUAUAAUAUCUACUAUGCUAUUGCAAUCAGUUAUUUAUACUUACUCUGUGGUAGACAUAUUUUUGUGCUUUGUUUUCAAUUCAAAAGUAAAAACAAAUUAGAAACAAGCAGAGAGUAGUAUACGGGUAAAUAGAAGGUUGGAGUCGCGGACAGAAGCUGGUCAAUAAUAAAUCUUAUAAAAAUGUCAGGUCGUGGAGGAAAAUUUCGCGGCAAUAGGAAUAAAAAUCACCAUACUCUGUCUUCUGUAGCUAGGGAGACAGCUAUUUCAUUACCUGAUGAUAGUCCUGUUUUGCAAAUGUUUAAGUCGGCUGCUCAAAAACUAAACGAUCGUCAAGAUAGGCAUGAAAGAUUAGUUAAACUCUCUCGUGAUAUAACAAUUGAAAGUAAAAGAAUUAUAUUUCUUCUACAUUCGUCUAUCACAAAAGAAUCCACUGAGAAAGCAAUAAACGAAGCAAAUGAGCGUAUUCAAAAACUUAUCCAGGGUCCUUUCAAAAGCAUUGGUUUAGAGCUGGAAAACAGUCCGGCAUAUUUACAUUCUCGUGCAAUCACUGCUGGUUUUCAGGAGUUUAUUGAAGCUUAUACAUUAUGUUCAUUUAUGGAGAAAAAAUUAAUUAUCACAUGGCCAGAAGUACAGAAGAAGUUGGUGUAUGAAGUUGAAGAUAGAAGUGUGACAACAAUGUUGCCGCAACUAGAUUACAUGCUAGGUUUGGCCGAUUUAACUGGAGAGUUGAUGAGGAAGGCAAUCAAUAGCAUUUCUAGUGGAGAUAGUGAAGAGUGCUUUGACUCCUGUCAGGCUGUGAGAGAUCUUUACACUGGAUAUCUGGGCUUAUUUGGAUCUGGUAAAGAAUUAGCACGCAAAAUGUCAGCUACGCGCAGUAACGUGUUCAAAGUGGAAUCAGCUGUGUAUGCAUUACGCGUACGCGGGGGCGAGGCACCACCCACUUUGUUGCUGGCUAAUCAACCAGAUUGGGAGCAUAACCAUUCAGAUGAUGAGGGAUUUUAUUAAAUGAUUUAUGAUUA